ACUCACCAGCAUAACGUAGUGAUUAUAUGCUUUUUGCUUACCGGAAUCACCAGUGCAUAUCCCACAGAAUAGAUUUAUAGGGGAUCAAAUCAAGUUUGAAGUCAUAAUUCAACAAGUUCAUGUUUGUUUUCAUUUUGGAAGUAUUGGAUAACCUGAAUCGUUAAAUAACAUAAUCUUGCUCAAUAUUAUUCUUGUUAAUUUUAAAUAUUCUUUAAUAUUACAAUAAUACAAAUUCCCAAAAUGCCAGUACCGUGUAGAGCUGGAUGUGGGAAAAAUGCAAUGUUAAAGCGACCUAAAACAGGAGAUGCUUUAUGCAAAGAAUGUUUUUUCUGGGCAUUUGAAACAGAAAUACAUUUCACAAUAACAAAAGGGAAACUUUUCAAAAAAGGUGAUUCUGUCGCUGUAGCUGCAUCGGGUGGUAAAGACUCGACCGUCCUAGCACACGUAUUGAAGACUUUGAAUGAAAGAUAUAAUUAUGGCCUAAACCUUAUGCUUUUAUCAAUUGACGAGGGGAUCACUGGUUAUCGAGAUGAUAGUCUUGAAACAGUAAAACAGAAUAGAGAUGACUAUGAAAUGUCACUGAAGAUAUUGUCUUACAAAGAGCUGUAUGGCUGGACCAUGGACGAGAUAGUAGCUCAAAUAGGAAGGAAGAAUAACUGCACAUUUUGUGGAGUUUUCCGCAGGCAAGCCUUAGAUAGAGGAGCUGCCAUGCUUAAUGUAAAAUGUAUAGCCACAGGACACAAUGCAGAUGAUAUUGCAGAGACAGUUCUCAUGAAUGUGUUAAGAGGAGACAUUGCUAGAUUAAAAAGAUGUACUGCUAUAUCCACUGGAAGUGAAGGAACAAUUCCUAGAGUGAAACCUCUGAAGUACACAUAUGAAAAGGAAAUAGUGAUGUAUGCACAUUACAAGAGACUUGUGUACUUCUCAACAGAGUGUGUAUUUGCUCCUAAUGCGUACAGGGGGCAUGCACGAGCACUCCUUAAAGACAUGGAAAAAAUCAGACCUACAUGCAUUAUGGACAUUAUUUAUUCAGGUGAAACAAUGGAAGUUAAAGAAGCGGUAUCACUUCCCUCCCAAAGAGUAUGCAUUCGAUGCAACUUUGUGUCUUCCCAGGAAGUAUGCAAGGCUUGUGUUCUCUUAGAAGGCCUGAACAAAGGACUUCCGAAGCUUGGUAUAGGCAAAAGUUCGAAAGCAAAAAGAAUGUUAGAAGAGUAUAAUGCAAAACAAAACAAAUCUUUAGAAGAAGCAAUAAACAAUAUUAAUGAGGAAUAUGAGAAAAAUAAUUGCAUUUCAAAAGGCAAAGUAUGCAGAUCUUCAUGUAAGAGUAAGCAAACAGCACAAAUUAAUAAAACCCAUAAAACAACUUCAGAGACAUGUUGUAAUGGACAAAGUGAUGAAAAACUAAAUACAGAUAAUGAUAUCACUAAUUCAAAAGUAAAAGUACUUUUGAAAGAAUAUGGAUUAUCUGAAGCCACCCAAGAUGACAGUUCAAAUUUAAUAUCUGAGAAAAUAGAUCACAGUAACACUGAAAAAGUAGCAAAUGCUACAAAUGAUGAUGAUUUUGAAGUUGACUCACAUAAUACUGAUGAACAAAUAGUUGACGAAGAUGACACUUGCGGUGGAGCUUGUGGGAAAAUAGAUUCACUACAUAUAAGUUUCUGAUACAGACUAUAAAUGGUGUUUAUAGAUUAUAUUAUAAAUAAUAUACAGAUAUUAUAUAAAAUAACCUUUAUUUCACC